AUGAAACCACCCGCGUCAGCGGAAGAAACUGAUAAGCCAAUAACACCUGCAGACAUGCGAUCGCGAGCCACUGCUCGGCCGUCAGCCAUUCUGGCGACAGUUUUGUGGGCAUGCGGCAGUCCAAAUCAGGCGGCCUACUUAACUGAAGUUCAUGGAGAUCAAGAACACAUAGAAGCGGUUCGUGCUGAAGUUGCUAGGUUUGCGGGGCCUGACUUUCAGGUGAAAUCCCUCCAGCGGAGGGCACUGGUGGAAAUAUUGGACUUGGAUCAGUGGACUAGCUCCGACAAAGUAACCCACGCGGUGGCGAGGGCGGCAAUCAUCGCGCAGGAAAUCAUCAAAGUGGUUAGCCUUAGGAAAAGGUUCGGCGGCUCACAGCUGGCCCUGGUAUCUCUUCCUCGAGAGACGUCGCGGAAACUAAUCAAUGCAGGACGGCUAAGAACCGGUAUGGUCAGCUGCAGGGUCAGAAUGGCUGACACAAAGGUCAGAUGCUUCCGCUGCCUUGCUUUUGGACAUACAUCGAAUAAGUGUGAAGGCCCGGAUAGGACGGCGUGCUGCAGACGCUGUGGGGAAGCUGGCCACAAGGCGGCCAACUGUAGCGCUUCUGAUCAAGCAGUGAGUGCCUUUGCCAGGGUGGUCGAAGUGGCUAAAGUAACAUCGUCAUGA